AUGCGGCGCAGCUUGUUUUCUACCCUGCGGCCGCUUCACUACGACAAUCCACUGGGCCUGCCCCGUUCUGGAACGCCACCAUCAUUCCCUCGUCGACGAGGUCUUCCAGAGAAAAGGAAAAUUCAAGAUGUCAAUAAAGUGGUUGCUGUCUCUUCGGCCAAGGGCGGGGUUGGGAAAUCUACAAUUGCUGUGAAUCUUGCUCUUGCAAUGGCCCGUCGAGGUAUUCGAGCCGGCAUUCUCGACACAGACAUUUUUGGCCCCUCCAUACCAACUCUCCUAAACCUCUCUGGAGAACCUCGCCUUGACCAAAAUAACUGCCUCAUACCUUUGACAAACUACGGCCUUAAAUCCAUGUCCAUGGGAUACCUCCUCCCAGCUCCACCUGCCGAUUCCAAACACCUUACCGAUGAUCCAACCUCACCUAUAAUGGAUACAACACCCAUAUCCUGGCGUGGCUUAAUGGUUACGAAAGCAAUGCACCAACUAUUACACUCGGUAUCAUGGGGGCCCCUCGAUAUUCUUAUCCUAGACUUACCUCCAGGAACGGGUGACGUACAACUCACAAUUGGCCAGGAAAUAAUUCUUGACGGAGCGGUGAUUGUGUCAACGCCCCAAGAUAUCGCUCUGCGUGACGCAGUCCGAGGUUUUGGUUUGUUCGAAAAAUUAAAUGUCCCAGUGCUCGGCAUGGUGAGAAAUAUGGCGUAUUUUGCCUGUCCACAUUGUGGCAAGGAAACGAAGAUAUUUUCUGGGAGAGGCUCUCAGCCAUCUGAAAUUGAGUUGGAGGCUGGACAUCCUGAGUCACAUAACGGUGGGGGCGUUUUAACAGCGUGUAAACGACUGGGUAUAGAUUUCCUGGGCGACAUCCCUCUUGAUGCGCGCGUGUGUGAAGAUGCGGACAGGGGGGUUCCAACCGUUGUGGCUGAGGAAAGCGAUGAGCGCAGUACUAGGAGAAAUGCUUUUAUGAAAGUUGCGGAGCAAGUUGUGCGCAAAGUCGGAUUAGAAUGA